CACAAGAUAAGUCCCAGCUGAGUGAUUAGAAUACAACAAUGGAUGUCGAAUCACAUCACCGUGAUUACUCUCGCCAACCUCUGAUCGCCAUCCGUUUCCCCCGACAUCAUCAUAUAGUUGGUUCCGAGUACCGACUCCAACCCCCAUCGGAGGAGGACGCAAUGGAAGAAACAGUAGGAGCGCUUUGGUCACUCUUCUCCUUCCUCCUCCUUUUCUUCGCCGGCUCCCUCGUGCUGUUGGCGGCGUUGCUGAAGUUCCUGAGGUCCAUGUCAUGGUGGUGCAGCUGCUCCGUGUGCGAGGCCUACGUGACCGGCUCCUGGACCGCCCACUUCGGUAACCUCUGCGACUGGUACGCCCACCUACUCCGGGAGUCGCCCACCCGCACCAUCCAGAUCCACGUGCUCGGGAACACCGUCACGGCGAACCCCGACAACGUGGAGCACAUGCUACGCGCCCGCUUCGACAACUACCCCAAGGGGAAGCCCUUCUCCGUCAUCCUCCGGGACCUCCUCGGCCACGGAAUCUUCAACGUCGACGGCGACCUCUGGCGCUUCCAGCGCAAGAUUGCCAGCGCUGAGCUCGGUAGCGCUGCCGUCCGCUUAUUCGCCUCCUGCAUCGUGGCCGACGAAAUCCGGGGUCGUCUCCUCCCCCUCCUUGACUUCGCCUGCGCCGGCGAUAAGAUCCUGGACCUGCAAGAUGUGUUCCGGAGGUUUGCUUUCGAUAACAUAUGUAAGAUCUCGUUCGGGCUCGACCCCCGCUGCCUGGAGCUGUCGCUGCCUUUGUCCGAGUUCGCAGCGGCCUUCGACAAGGCCUCGAGGCUAUCGGCCAGGCGGGCGACCACGACGACGCCCAUAGUGUGGAAAGCCAAGCGGCUUCUCAACUGGGGAUCGGAAAGAGAGCUCCGGGAGGCGAUCGGCAUGGUGAACCUUCUCGCCAUGGAGAUCAUUCGCCAGCGAAGGAAGCUCGGGUCCUGCUCUAACCACGACCUCCUCUCUCGAUUCAUGGCCAGCGUCGACGACGACAACUACCUGCGGGACAUCAUCAUUAGCUUCUUGCUGGCCGGCCGUGACACGAUCGCGUCGGCCCUGACUGAGCUGUGGGGGAACGACUGCCACGACUUCCGCCCGCACCGGUGGCUGACCAACGGAGUGUUCACGCCGGAGAGUCCGUACAAGUACCCAGUGUUCCAGGGCGGCCUGCGGGGGUGCCUCGGCAAGGAGAUGGCGCUGUUGGAUAUGAAGACGGUGAUCGCGGCGGUGGUCCGGCGGUUCGACAUCGACGUCGUGGGCGACAACAGCAGCCGGACGCCGAAGUUUGCGCCGGGCCUCACCGCCUCCCUGGAGGGUGGCCUUCCGGUCCGCGUUCGCCGGAGGGAGGAGAGCUAG